GCGCGAGGCUGUGCUCAUAGGAUUUAGAGAGGCGAGAGAAGGGAAGACAGGAGAAAGGCGAGACUACACCACUUCAGACAGAUCAACAACACAGACUCUUAAUAGGAAAAACACAGAAGGUCAAGGUGAAUCCCUCAACGGCCUCCGCUCGAUACCCCACCCCUCGCCCCCGCGUCCUGUUCAACAUGGCUAAAGGGGACCCCAGGAAGCCCAAGGGCAAGAUGUCGGCGUACGCCUACUUCGUGCAGACCUGCCACGAGGAGCACAAGAAGAAGACCCCGGAGGUGCCCGUCAACUUCACCGAGUUCUCCAAGAAGUGCUCUGCCAGAUGGAAGAUGAUGUCGGAGCAGGAGAAGGGCAAGUUUGAGGGCCUGGCGCGUCAGGACAAGGUCCGCUACGACCAGGAGAUGAUGCACUACAACCCGGGCAGGAGGGGCAAGAAGAAGGACCCCAACGCCCCCAAGAGGCCACCGAGGGGCCGGAUGAGGGACCCCAACGAACCCAGGAAACCGCUGUCAGGUUUCUUCAUCUUCUGCUCUGACCACCGGCCCAAGAUCAAGGCCCAGUACCCCAGCUUUGGCAUCGGGGACGUGGCCAAGAAGCUCGGGGAGAUGUGGAACCAGCUGCCAGACGCCACUAAGCAGCCCUACCUACAGAAGGCCAACAAGCUGAAGGACAAGUACCAGAAGGACAUCGCGGAGUACAGGUCCAGGGGCAAGGUGGGCGGCGGCAGCAUGCACGGGAUGCACAGCAUGGUCGCCGUGGGCAACGGCAUGGGAGGCGGGCACGGAGGCGGCGGCAUGGGCGGGCACCACAUGGGCGGUGCCAUGGGAGGCCACCACAUGGGCGGAGCCAUGGGAACGGGCAUGGAUAUGGGCGGCACCAAGCCCCCCAAGAUGGAGGGCGAGGAUGAAGAAGACGACGACGAUGACGACGACGACGAUGAUGAUGACGAGGAGGAUGACGAAUAGACUGAUGACCUCCCCCUCUCCUCCUCCCCAACACCCGACACAAACACAAACACACACCCACCAUGUGUUUAGCCUAUAACUAUUAUGAUUACCAUCAUUAUUAUUAUCGUCAAUAUGACUAUUAUUGAAUUUCUUUUUUACUGUUGAAGUGCAGUAGGGAUAAGGAAAACACUGGGUUGUCCUCUUCGAUAGGGCCUCCUCCUUCUCCUCCUUCUCCUCCUCCUACUACUCCUCCUACUCCUCCCAAACCAACCUCCUUCAGCAUCACCAGGUCAAACAGAGGAGUGUUCCAAGACACUAGCUGAGGUGUAAACCCGGCUAAGCUAACCUUGAGGCGGUGGUGGUGGUAAUGCAAGACAUCUGAUAGAGGCAUCUAAUGAAAGAGCCCGCACCUACCUGGGGUCCUCAUUUACUUACAUAUAAAUGACACCCGCAGGCUAUCUUAUCAGAAGGUUUACCACAAGGUUAACUUUAGCCAGUUUUACCACUUAUCCAUGUUCUUCGAAUAUACCGGCCGAGGUCAUGGUAGAAAGAGAAAGGAAAGAAAAACAAACAAAAAAACAGAAAAAAACGUCUGGUAUACGUACGUAACGUGUUUACUGUGAGUUUUGCUCUGCAUUUCAAAAUGUGCUGCACUCAGUUGCAGGGCCUACCACCAGUAGACAACCAAGUCAAGGAGCCUUUAACUUUCCAAUGGAAUGAAUGUGAGUUCUCAGUUUCAGUGUGUGUGUGUGUGUGUGUGUGUGUGUGUUUGUGGGAUGUGUGUGUUUAUGUGUAUGCGUGCGAGUAAGAAGCAGGCGAGUGCGUGCAAGGCAGCGUAAGCAGGGCAGGGGCAGAGCUAAUGUUAGCCUGUAGGGGAGGUAACUAACAACCUGUAGUGGACCGCAAUAUACAUGGGUUUCCCGUUUGUAAAGACCCCCGACUGCACACCCUUCAACCUCUGAUUGUUGGAAACUGCUGUCAUUCAAAAAAUGAGCUCACGUGGUUGGCUGAUUAGUAUCUUGGCCCUCCUCGCAGAGUGAAUGUUUGUAAACGGGAAACCUAUGUAUACUGUUUGUCAGUCAGUGCUAAUCCCAACAGUGUGUUUUCAAACGAUUCAGCGAGGUGGAUUUGACCACCCACCCGGCCUUGGGCCCAGGGCGACUAACCACUUUGGCCCUCCCACUUACUGCGAGGGAGAGAGUGAGAGAGGCAGCAGUGUGACUUUGAGAGGCCCUACCUAUGAAGGAAUAUAGUGCUCUGGUACAGUCUGAAAUGCCACGUCACAGAGUGAUGAUGAUGAUGAUGAUGAUGAUGAUGCGUGAGAACAUCAGAGAACAUGGCACCAGCUUGCCUCCGCUCUGUAAAGUGUAGAACCACUGAUGGAACCGAGUGGACCGAGUGGCCCCUAUCCCUGUGUGGAUGUGUGUGUGAGAGAGAGAGAUAGAGAGAGUGGAUGUGUGUGUAUGGUUGUGUUGUGUGUGCCGUGUGCUGUGUUUGUGUGUGAGAGUGUGUUACACAACUUUUCGUCACGGUCCUAUGUAUUGCCGAUCUCUCUGUAUUUUCAGCUGGUGUAUAACGAGAUAGCCUACAUUAAACGAAAUGGUAGCAUUGCAGCAUUUAAUAAACAUAUUCUUGUUUUUAUUAUUAUUAUUAUCCUUGGCAAACGGAUGCCUAAGGUUAAGUGUGUAACUGUAUAUGCUUGAUAUAGGCUAGUUAUUUUCUUGUGUAUUUUUUUUGUUUGAUAUGUUGAAAACUGUACAUGUUUGGUGUGGAUGGUGGAUGCUCAUGCUUCUUCACACACCACCUCAAGUCUGUUAAGUCUUCAUCUACAUAUAGCCCACGGUUUCUGUUUUUGUUGCAUCGUUGCAUAGGGGAGAUAUGGAUCUCUAAACUCUCCCCAGAUAUCACUUCAGUGGUGCCCAUAAGCACUUAAAGUGACCAGGGUUUUUUUUGUUGUGUCCAUGUAAAAGAAAGAAAAAGGGAAAGGUGUAGUGAUUUCUCUCUUUCUUUGAUAUAUUAAACGAUUUUUUGUUUAUUUUGGGUUUUUUGCAAAGUGCAUUUUUAAUGUUAACUGUUGUGUAUUCCUCAUGUUUCAUGGACAAACACAGAGAGAGUGCGACUGUUGAUGAUAAAUCUGUACUUAUGUAUCAAAGAUUUUUUCUUUUAUAUGUUUUAGGAUGCUAUGUUUGUUAUUAAAGCGACACAUAAAGUUUUA